GUUAUGAUGUCGAAUGUCCAGGUGAUGAGAUUGGGAGAUACUUGUAUUAACCACUCUCUAGGUGCAGUAUUUAGAUUGUGGGCAGGUAUGUGAGCAAUGGGAAAUUAAAGGAAUCUGGUUCUGCGUGUUUCAGGCUGGUUGGACUUGUUUUGGCGAUGAUUCCCCCACCUGGCUCCCCGCAGAGUGAGGUCCUCUGAAUCUGAUUGAGACAUUAGAGGCUCCCCUAAACCCCCGCCCCAUGACUCUCCCACUGGUGGCUGCUGCCCUGGCACUGGUACCGAGCCCUCUCUCCCCACUAGUCACGCCUCUCCCUCUAGUGGCUCCUCCUUCCCCUCACUCUCUGGUUUGAGGGGUUGACUCUUGGUGUGUCAGACCGGUGAAGCAGCUGCGACCGCUCCCGGAAAAACUACGAAGGAUCCGGUAUACCCUAGGACCAUGGCUUCAUUCACCUUCGGGGGCAGACACCAGUACCUGCAGCUGGUGAGCAGUGAAGAGGUCACUGGUGAAUUAAAGCUGCUCGUACCGCACUACAAAAGGAGUCCACUGAUGGACGUGCAACAGCCCAGCCCCUCCACAGCACCAUCACAUGACAUUCCGCUCAGGUUUGACCCUGUGGAGCCCUUUGAUUUUGAGGCACAUGUAACCAAUCAGAUGGUGAAUCCUGAGCUGGAAUCACUGCAGGAUCUGGUGGAUUUCCCUAAGAAUGAUGUUGAGGUCAUGUUAUCUUCUAGAGAGUACCGGACUGUUAACCCCGCUGUCCCAGACGAUUGGAACAACUUGACCCCGCAGGUGAGGUCAUGUGUUGAGACUUACACCAAGAAGUGGCUGACAGUCACCAGGAGGUAUCCGAAGUGCAGCAAAAGGAGUCGGAGGAAAGGACUGAACCUUCCUCAUCAGAUCUUUGAAUGCGAUGAAAGCUUCAAUAUGGAAAAGCAAAGUUUUCAGAGCUCUUUUGCAGCCCAGGCAGAUGAGCUACAGACUGAGGUUCCAGAGCUCUUCAUUCAAAGGCUGCUGCAGCCCACUGAGCUGGAGGAGGUUGACCGGAGGAAUGAAAUAAAGCGUAAAUCUGGCAGGCUGGUGGAUCUGUUUGCACUCUACCCCCCCUCUGAUGAGGAAGAAGCUUUACACCAUCGAGUCAUUCCACAGUCACCAUGUGAACAAUUUGGGCAGAGAUUGCAAAUUAAUUUCCUGGAGUUCAAGUUUGAAAUUGAAAUUGAGCCACUCUUUUUGAUUUUGGCCUUGUACGAUUUAAAGGAGAGGAAAAAGAUUUCAGAAAAUUUCUACUUGGAUCUCAACUCUGAAGAAUUUCGAGAUGUUCCUCAGGCACAGCCACGGCUCCUCUGCUAUUUCAGAAAGGCCAUCUUCUCAAUCACCCAGCCCUCUUCUGAAAUCUACCUGGUCAUUAAGGUGGAGAAGAUGCUGCAGCAGGGCAGUAUCGCUGACUGUGCUGAUCCAUACAUGACCAUUAAAGAGAGUGAGACAGCCAAGACUAAAGAAAAGAUCGGAAAGCUUCGGUUCCAAGCAGCUUCCUUCUGCCAACGUCUGAGUUUGUAUCGGAUGCCGUUCGCCUGGGCUGCAGUUGACCUGAUGAGUCUCAUUUCCAACUGUGGUUCUCAGAGUUCACUGGACAGAGAGAGCAUCAUUGGAGUAGGCAGUGGGAAUGAGUUGCACUCACGAUCACUGGACAACAAGUAUAACAUCCUCCCAUUUGGAUCCGUACAACACAACCUCAACAUGUUCAAUAAACAGGAGGAAGAUAAACUCAGUGACGAAGACCUGAUGAAGUUCAUCACAGAUGAGAAAAAGCCAUCACCUUUACUGAGGCGGCUGCGCAAGAUUCCAGGUGUUUUCCGAUUUGAAGUGACCCCUGUUAAAGACACUCCGUCCUUUUGUUUCACCCCGGACUUUUUGGAAUUAAAGUCAUCAAAUAAUGAGAAUUCGGAGCUGGCUUUGGAAGUUUUAGAAUUCCCUCUACCAGGGGUUUCCACUCCAUACACAAUGUACAGAAAUCUCCUCUAUGUUUACCCUCAAUUCCUGAAUUUCACAAACCGACAGGGAUCAGCGCGGAACAUCACUGUGAAAAUCCAGUUCAUGGGCAGUGACAAUACCAGCGGUGCCCUGCCGGUCAUUUUUGGAAAAUCUGGACAUCCUGAAUAUGUGAAUGAAUCAUAUACACCCGUGGCCUAUCACAGCAGGUCUCCUUUUUUCUAUGAGGAAGUGAAGAUUAAGCUGCCAUCUGGCCUCACAGAAGACCAUCACCUGCUUUUCACCUUUUACCACAUUAACUGCCAGCCCAAGCAGUGCCAGGACAGCCCUGAAGUUCUGCUGGGUUACAGUUGGUUGUCAAUCUUGGAUAAUGGACAGCUGCGCUGUGGAACCUUUGAGCUACCUGUUUGUUUGGAUAAACUUCCCAUUCUUUAUUCAGCAGCCUCUACCUCGCUGGCUGGGCUGAAGCGGUUGGAUCAUCGGAAAGCAGUCUUUAAACUGGAGCUGCGCCCAGUUUCGACAGUGCAUAUCCAGGACAGGAACCUGGAGCGAUUCUUCUCAUUGUGUGAAGCUGUGGGUGAACACCACUCUUUGGCCCAUCAGACUGAGGCACUGAGCCAGGCUGUCUCCAUGCUCAAGUUGGUUCAGUUAGAGGAGCUGGUCCAAUUCCUGAAUGUGGUGUUAGACAAGCUGCUGCCACUGUUGCUCUUGAGCUCCAGGAUGGGAGCAGAAGGAGCUCUUGUCAGCAAGGAAAUUUUUGAAGCGCUGAUAAUAAUUGUGGAUCGGCUACAUAAUAGUGAGGAGAUGAAGAAAGACUCGUUGGGCCGAAGCCAUUAUCUAGCUUCGUAUGUUCACUACGUGUUCAGUAUGCCAGUUCUCCAUGAGACCAGAGCCACAGAGUUUGAGAAAUAUGCUACACUCAAGCCAGAUGCUGUCGCUGCAUUACAUAGGAUACGACUGCGCAGCACCAGUGACCCUGCGAUCCAAUCAUCAAAAUCCGCAGAGCCAAAAGACGGAGGAGGCAGUCCAAAACAAUUGAAGCUAUUCCAUGAAGAGUUGGCCUAUUGCGUUGUGUUCACCAACGGACGAAUGAGAGAUCAAGUAUACAGGCAUUUGUGGUUCUUCCUUGAACUCUUGAUUAAAAGCAUGAGCCAGUACCUCUCUGACACGGACCACUGGAAUUCUCCUCCCAACCUGCGGUUCUCAGAAAGUUUCUCCAGCAUCAUCCGUACAAUAGUCAACACUGGUACAGAGUUUGUGAAACAUCAGGAUGCUGAGAUCACAGAAAUGACAAACCUGAGCCUGGGGUUCUUCCUGAAUGACCUGCUCUCCCUCAUGGACCGAGGCUUUGUUCUUCGUCUGAUUUGUCAUCACCACAAAAAGCUUUUAGACAAAGCUGUGGCCCAACCCCAUCUCCACGACAGACGCAUUGACUUCUUGAGAACCGUGUGCAGCCACGAGCACUUUGUGACUCUGAACCUCCCACUCACAUCAAACUUCAAGACACAGGAAGACAACAGACACGUGAAGGAUGCCACUAUUCCGGACUCUCCUGUGGAAUUUUUCAGGCUUUCCAGGAAAUUCCGCCAACAGCAUUUCCUGGUCAGGCUGCUCCUAGAGGAAAUAGCUGACGUCAUGAAACCUGAUUCAGGCAGAUUGAUCAGAAGAGAAGCAGUGAGCUUACUUCACAGCCUCCUGGCUUCACAUGAUAGAGACCUGAGGCUGUGGAACCCUAAGGUGAAGGUGAAAGUGGCAGCGUUGUACCUGCCACUUCUGGGCAUCGUUCUGAAUGCCCUCCCCCAACUGCAGCACCUCUCAGAUUCUGACAGCUCACGGAGUAAAUUGAAUGGACACUGUUUGACUCCCAGGAAUGUCGCCAGCCUCAUAUUCACAUCGCCAGGUGCAUUGACACCACCCAGUGCUGCAGCGAAUAGAUACUCGACUCCCAUCACAGGGUUCUUCAAUCCAAGUUCUGCCAUGUCAGCAGAAGUGACCCAGACGCUCUUGUACUGCUUCCUGUGGGUUCUGAAGAAUGCUGAUGAAACAACCAUUAAAGGAUGGAUGCUGAGACUUCCAACCCAGCGUGUACUCAGUUUCCUGGGGCUCCUUGACCUCUGUGUGUCCAACUUUGAGUACGAGGGCCAGCCAUCCACAGAGCAGAUCAGUAGCCAUGUUUUCAGGAAGUCGAGGGACAUGAAGGUGAGGCUGGAGGAAACCAUCUUCGGAACCACAGGAGCCCGAAAGGAAAUGAUGAAACGCCGGGAAUAUCCAGGAAUUGACAGGUUGUUCCCUAGGGUGAGUGUGGGCCUACAGGAGAAAUUACGUUGGCGGAAGGACCUGACACAGUGGCGUCAGGCUGUUGAUAAAGACAAGUUGAAGAUGGAGCUUCAACAAGAAUCGUUGAUCAGCGGGAACUUGACCAUGGAGGCUAACCUGAUUGUGCUGGACACCCUGGAGCUGGUGAUACAGCAGUGCAACUUGAUGCUCGAGUUUAAGCCUGUGGUCGCAGGGGUCCUGAAGGUCCUGAUUCACAGCCUGUGCUGCAACCAGAGCACCCUAUACCUGCAGAACUGCUUCAACACACAGAGAGCCGUCAUUGCCAAGUUUCCGGACGUGCUGUUUGAUGAAGACUCGGAGCACUGCACGGACCUGUGCUUGCUAUUGCUACAGAGAUGUAUGAGUUGUUUUGAGAGCACACGGGUCCAGGCCUCAGCUUCCCUCUAUCUGCUCAUGAGGCAGAGCUACAAAGUGCAUUUUUCGAGAAUGAAAAUGUACAUCACCCUAUCUCUGGCAUCUUUAGCGGAGAAAAUAUCGAACCAGGAUGAGCACUGUCUUCAGAAAUCCCUUGGGAUAAUCCUAACUUACCUGGAGACAGAUAGAGCCAUGCAGGGUACAGGCUUUGCUACACAGGUGGAAGAGCUUUUAGUGAAUCUGAAAGCAGUAUCAUGUGACACAGUGAAGCUGCACGAGUUCUUGAAAGAUGUGGACAUGCAAAUUGACCUGAUGUACAGAAUUGCAAAAGGUUUACAGAAUUACUUGGACCUUCGCCUGAUGUGGCUGCGGAACAUCGCGUUGAAGCAGGUUGAAAGGAAACGGUUUGCCGAGGCAGCACACUGCUUGGUGCACAGCGCUGCCCUGGUGGCAGAAUACUUGAACCGUGUCGAAGGAUCCGUCCAUCUGCCCAUGGGCAGCGUGAGUUUCCAGAAAGUCUCCAUCAAUGUCUUGGAGGAAUCCUUGGUGUGUGAUGAAGUCUUUUCCAUGGAGAGGGAGGGCAUAUGCACUGGAAACUCCUUCAGUGAAGAGGGUCUCCUGGAGUUACUGGAUGAUGUGGUCGAGUUCUUCAACAGAGCAGAAUAUUAUGAGGCGGUUUAUGAAAUUUACAAGAUCAUAAUUCCAAUUGCUGAAUUUCAUCAGAAUAUUAAGAAAUUAUCUGUUAUUCAUGGAAACCUGAAGGAAACAUUUGAUCUGAUCCUGAGUAAGGAUAAUAAGAGAAUGUUUGGAACAUUUUUCCGUGUGGGAUUCUAUGGGUCGCUGUUCGGAGAAUUGGAUGAGCAGGAGUAUGUGUACAAGGAGCCGGGUAUCACUAAGCUAGUGGAAAUCUCCACCAGGUUACAGGAAUUUUACACAAUGCAGUUUGGAAAAAAUCAAGUGGAGGUUAUCAAAGAUUCAUCACCAGUUAAGAAAGAAAGUCUGGAUCCCAGCAAGGCCUACCUACAGAUAACUUACGUUGAGCCUUACUUUGAAGAAUAUGAACUGAAAAACCGAGUUGGCUAUUAUGAGAGGAAUUCUAACUUGCGGCGGUUCAUCUACAGCACACCAUAUACACUGAAUGGCCGGGCACAUGGAGAGCUCAGCCAGCAGUAUAAACGUAAAACCAUUCUGACAACCCUGCAUGCUUUCCCUUACAUCAAGACGAGGAUCAGUAUCAUAGAGAGGCAGGAGAUUAACCUGAGACCGAUUGAAGCUGUGAUUGAGGACUUGCAAAAGAAGACACAUGAGCUGGCACAAGCAACAAGUGAAAACCCACCCAACAUGAAGAUGCUGCAGAUGGUGCUGCAGGGUUCUGUGGGCACCACCGUCAAUCAGGGUCCUCUAGAGGUAGCUCAAGUAUUUUUGUCUGAAAUUCCUGAUGAUCCAAAACUUUUCCGACACCACAACAAACUCCGAAUCUGCUUCAAGGACUUUCUGAAAAGGUGUGAAGAUGCCUUGAAGAAAAACAAAAGCCUGAUCACGUCUGAGCAGCUUGAGUAUCAGCGCGAACUCGAGCGGAACUAUGAAGCUCUUGAGCACAACCUGCAACCAUUUAUUAAGCGCAGGAUCCCACAACUUUAUGUCACAACCUGCUUGCAGUCACCUCAGGUGGUGUGAUAUAUACUUUGAAAAGCAUUCCAAGGACCCUAUCACUGAAUGGAGUGACACUCCUGUUAGAAUGAUAUUACUGUUUAGAUAACUAUUCACAAACUACCUGUGAUGUAAGAAUGGAAAACGAAUGUAUACAUCUGGUUCAGUCAAAAGUCACUUCACUGCACUCGAUACCUGAACCUUGACAUUUACAUUUUGUUAAAAUAUUUGGAAGGAUUUAGUUUUGCUCCCUGAUGUUCUUUGCUAUUUAUGUCUCUCCCUGGGCUGCAUGCUUCUCAGCUCAGUUACACGCUAAAACAACAAUUUGAAUUCUUCAAAUCAAAGUUGCUUUUGGCAGCUGAUCUCCACAUCGCAUCUUCUCUUUCAGCCCUCCAGAAACACCAUUUAUCUGCUGAUAACUGAUUGCUUAAACCCUAUUAAAUGGACUUACUAGUCCAGACACACGCGGACCAUGCAGUAUUAGAGAUGCACUGCAUUUAUUGUAGGUUGUGGUAAUAUUUGUGUCUGGGCAUAUUGUUAACUGACCAAGGAAACUGUGUGUUUGCUCUGCCCCCUAUAGGCCCUGCUUGAUGUAACAAGUUAAAUUCCAAUGCUUCCUUGGGGCGAAAACUGCUCUAACAGGCUUUUGAAUGGCAUUUGCCAUCAAUUAGACUUGUCCCUGGGUAUGGCUGGUUAUGUUACUGGACUAGUAAUCCAGAGAUUACUGCACUGUUGAUCUUCAGGCAUGCGUUCAAAUCCUAGCAGUUGGGAAUUUAAACUCAAUCAGUUUAAUAAAUGUUGGAUCAAAAAGCAAGUAUGGACCAUGAAACUGCUGGCUUGUCAUAAAAACCCACCUGCUUCACCAAUGCCCUUUGGGGAAGAAAAUCUCCCUCCUUUACCUGUCUGGCCUAUGUGUGACCCCAGAUGCACAAGCAAUGUGGUUGAUUCUUAACUGCUUCAUGUCAAUGAUAACCAUUACAGGGAGAGGAUAACAUUGAGAGAGCAUUAUUGUGCAGAUACAAAUUUAAUAGGACUCUGAAAUGGCACAGUAAGCCACUCAGUUAUACCAAGUCAAAAGUAUACUAAGGAUAAAACCAGACAGACAAUCCAGCAUCAACCUAGGUUCCAAAUUUGGACGUGAUAAAGGCAGUUCAGCUCACCUUGCAGAGUUCCCCUAACACCUGGGGAUUUGUGCCAAGAUUGAGGAAGCUGCCCCACUGUCUAUCAAGCAACAGCCUGGCAUAGUCAUACCAAAUCAUACCUUUCAGUCAACACCCAAGACGUCACCAUCCCUGCCCCACUGGCAGCACAGAGCCACUAGAAGUGAUGGCACAGUGGUGUACAGUCAGGAACAUGUGGGCCUCUGAGUUCUCAAUAUUGACACUGGACCCCGUGACGUCUCAUGGCAUCAGGUCAAACACAGGCCAGGAAACCUCCUACCAUUACUUUCCUCCCUCCCUCGGUGAUCCUCCAUGUUGAACACCACUUAGAAAAGGCACUGAAGGUGGGGAACUUUAAGAGUGGGUUGGUAGCAACACUAUUGACCAAGCUGGCCAAGUUCUGGAGGUCUUUGCUACCAGUUAGGGCCUAUGGCAGGGGUGAGAGAACCAACAUGAUGGAAAAUCCUACCUGAACACUUCCUCAUCAAUCUACCUGUCAAUAGAGUGUUUAGUAGGAAAGAUCAUCGCACAGAUCUUGUGAAGUCCAUCCAUCAUGUUUCGCAUUAUCACCUUGCCAAAUGGGAUAGAAAGAAAGACUUCAAUUUAUGUAGCACUUUUCAAAAUCAUUGGACAUCUCAAAGUGCUUCACAGCCAAUAAAGUACUUUUUAAAAAAAAUUGUAGUUACUGUUAUAAUGUAGGAAACAUGGCAGCUAAUAUACACUUCGCAAACUCCCUCAAACAACAAAAAGCAGGACAAAUCCAAUCUGACCAAAUACUGCUCCAUUACUCUACUCUCAAUCAUCAGCAAAGUGAUGGAAUGUAUCCUUGACAGUCCUAUCAAGCAGUACUUAGCAAUCACCUGUUCAUUGAUGCUCAGUUUGGGUUCCGCAAGGACCAGACUUCGUUGCAGCCUUGUCCAAACAUGGACAAAAGAGCUUAUUUCAGAAGUGAGAAUGGCUGCUCUUGACAUCAAGGCAGAAUUUGACCGAGUGUGGCAUCAGGAAGCCCUGGUAAAAUUGAAGUCAAUGG